AAAGAAACAAUAUCAUAAAACAGGUCCAACGUGGAAAAUAAUAAGAGGUUGUCAAAAAGAUAAGAAUUAUGCGUCCAGAAAUAUUGACCAGCAUUGGUUAUAUAUUUUGCCAUAAUGUACUCCAUUAAAUUAAACCUCAUCUUUAUUAACACCAAAAAAAAAAAAAACUCAAUAGCUGCAACUAUGGCAGCAACAAUGGCUGGUAUGAGUCUUUCAACUCCUAGAGUAGUUUUCAAGGCACCAGAAUCGCUUCAAAAGUCUCAAACCAUUAGGUUCGCACCAGUGUUUGUGCUCAACCAAAGGAGAACCGGCACAGUCAGUUCGGGCAGGAUGGUAAGCAUUCGACCCGUACGGGCAUCACCGGAUAGCAUAACUGGAAAGGUGGAAGAGAGCAUAAAGAACGCGGAGGAGGCAUGUGCAGGAGACGCCGCUAGCGGCGAGUGUGUGGCGGCGUGGGAUGAGGUGGAGGAACUGAGCGCGGCGGCAAGCGACGCCAGGGAUAAGAAGAAGGUAUCGGACCCACUGGAGGAAUACUGCAAGGACAACCCGGAGACUGACGAGUGUCGCACCUAUGAUAACUGAUUGAAGUCAAAACUCUAUUAUAUUAUCAUUUCUGUUGUGUAUUAAUUUUUAUUUAAGGUUGAAUAAUUCAUAUAUACCAUCUUUACAAAGUCAUUAUUCUAGCUUCAUCA